AAAAAUAUAUAUAUAUUAUAAAACUCGUUCCCAAACCGUCUGUCUCGCUUUCUCUGCAUCUUCCCUCUCCUCUCUCUUCACUUGAGUAAGCAGAGGAACUGAACUGAAAGCUAAGGUGCAGUAGGAUUAAACAAAGGAAAAAGGACGAGGAAAAGAUGCAUUCUUUUGGGUAUAGAUUAAAUGCUCUUCUAACAUUUGCCGUGACGAUUCUGGCACUAAUGUGUGCCAUAGCGUCUCUCUCAGACAACUUCAACACUCCCUCUCCCUCUGCAGAAAUCCAGAUUACGAACAUUAAUUGGUUCCAGAAGCAGCCGCAGGGGAAUGAUGAGGUCAGCCUAACGAUGAAUAUAUCAGCUGAUUUGCAGUCAUUGUUUACAUGGAAUACGAAACAGGUUUUCAUUUUUGUAGCAGCUGAGUACGAAACCCCAAAGAACUCCUUGAAUCAGGUCUCACUUUGGGAUGCUAUAAUACCUGCCAAAGAGCAUGCAAAGUUUUGGAUCCACACCUCAAACAAGUAUCGAUUUGUUGAUCAGGGAAACAAUCUCCGUGGCAAAGAAUUCAACUUAACGUUGCAUUGGCAUGUCAUGCCUAAGACCGGAAAGAUGUUUGCUGACAAAAUAGUCAUGACCGGUUAUAGUUUGCCGGAGGAAUACAGAUAAUAAGGCUUUCUUGGGUGUAUGUUUUGAGGUUGCUGUAACUUUAGCCUUUUCUCAAAAUUUGAAUAUUAUAGCUCAACUGAAUCAGAGAGAACUUGAGAUGACAUUAAAGCUCAGUUGAAUUAGAAAGUUUGAAACAUUGACACUUCAUGCUUGAGAAAGUGAGGAAAUAGAUAUUUCUCAACCUUUUAAAACUUUUUGGUUGCCAAAUCUUUGGAUUCACAAGGGCCUUAAAAAAAGGUAUUUU